CGGAGCGGAGCCAAUACACGCGGAGCGGAGGCGUGUCCUCUCGCCCGGCCCCAAGACCUCCCCAGAGCGGCGCGGCUCGCCGGAGCGCGGCUCUAAAGCCCGCAGACCUCCGAGGCGCACGUCACUUCUCCAAAGUACGGAGCCAUGGCGACAACAGCUCAGUAUAUCCCGCGGAAUAACUCCCUGCCGUCCAACCCGCUCAUGCACCCGGACUCGGACCGCAUGCACCAGGGCACCACGUACCGGGAGGUGCAGAAGAUGAUGCACCACGAGUACCUGCAGGGUCUGAACACGGGGCACCCGAUGAGCCUGACGCACCACCAGUGGCUGCCCACCUCCAACAGCGACUGGGCGAGCGCCACGCACCUCGGCCAGCAGGAGCCGCACAAAGGCGGCGGCGGCGGCGUGCAGGCGAGCCGCGACGACCUGGGCAGCGGCUUCCACCACCGGUCCCACUUGGUGCACCAGCAGGCGCAGGGCGCGCACCACGGCUCCUGGGCGCCGGCCAGCGCGCACCACCUCUCCCCGGCCUCCGGCGCGCACCAGCCCCUGGUCUACUCGCAGCCGGGCUACACGAACCUCAACGCCAUGCUGGGCAGCCCGCAGCCGGGCGCGCUCCACCACGGCAUGCGGGAGCCCCUCCACGACGACUCGGCGGUGCACGACGGCCAGCUGGAGUCCCCCCCGCAGGCGUUCAGCCACCACCAGGACCACUCGGACGAGGACGCGCCCAGCUCCGACGACCUGGAGCAGUUCGCCAAGCAGUUCAAGCAGCGGCGGAUCAAGCUGGGCUUCACGCAGGCGGACGUGGGCCUGGCGCUGGGCACCCUCUACGGCAACGUCUUCUCGCAGACCACCAUCUGCCGCUUCGAGGCGCUGCAGCUGAGCUUCAAGAACAUGUGCAAGCUCAAGCCGCUGCUGAACAAGUGGCUGGAGGAGACGGACUCCAACACGGGGAGCCCCACCAACCUGGACAAGAUCGCCGCGCAGGGCCGCAAGCGCAAGAAGAGGACCUCCAUCGAGGUGGGCGUCAAGGGCGCGCUGGAGAACCAUUUCUUGAAGUGCCCCAAGCCCUCCGCGCACGAAAUCACCACGUUGGCCGGCACGCUGCAGCUGGAGAAGGAGGUGGUGCGCGUUUGGUUUUGCAACCGGAGACAGAAGGAGAAGCGCAUGACGCCCGUGGGGGUCCCGCACCCGGGCAUGGAGGACGUAUAUUCCCAGGCGGAGACGCCCCCGCUGCACCGCACGCUACAGAGCCCCGGGCAGUGACUAACCGUGGACCGGCGCGGCGCUCCCACCCUCGCCCUGGCUCGGACAAACGCGCGGGGACUGUGGAGUUUACACUAUUUAAGUUACCCCUUUUCUCUCUCUCUCUCUUUCUCUCUCCAGGACUUUUUUGCGGGAGGGAAAAACAAAACAAAACAAAAAAAAAGUUGUGCAGUUUUAGCGUCGGAAGUCGUCGUGCCCCCCCCCUUCAACCUCUCCCUACCCCCCUUCACCCUACUCACUCGAAUAGAUGACGAAAAAAACAACAAAAACGCAUCUAGGAUUGAAAGAAGAAAAAAAAAAAAAGAUUUAUUUACCAAAAUUAUAUGGAGGUGAGGAUUUUUUUUGGAGGUUUCUAGCUCCUCCAU